CGAAAGCUGAGAAAUUUGUUAGAAACAAUGCAGUGGAAUUAAAAAACGUAUCUAGUUAAACGGGGAAAACAAUCAAAAACACCUAUAUGCUAAGUUAAAUAAUUGAUUAAGUGCACACACAAAUAGCUAUUUUCGAAUAUGGAUAUGGCACGUAGCAUAUUCGGUCGUGACCAUGAGGGUUACGUGGGCCGUGAAGAACAUACGCAGCGCAAAUUACAGAACUUGGGUUCCGAAGACGAUAUUGGUGAACUGCCGCCAAUGAUGGAGGAAUUAAGUGUUGCAGACGGCUUGCGUCCAAAUCCUGGAGGACCUUUCUCAGCGCUAACACCCUCAAUGUGGCCCCAGGAGAUUCUGGCCAAGCUAGGAGGCGAAUCGGAACUGGCGGUUGCAGAUCCCAAUGAUCAGCCCGAUUAUCGUUUUGAUGAAUUUGGUUUUCGAGUCGAGGAGGAGGAUGGACCCGAACAAAGUUCGAAUAAAUUGCUCAGCAUACCAUUUAUAGAGGAUGCACAGCAGCGCUUACAGUGGAUCGCCCACUUAGAGUUUGCCCACAACAAGGAAGCCAACGAACUGAGCUGGGAGCAUGUGGAGUUGCUACUGCAGCGCACCGAGAAGCUGCGCAAAAUGGUUCAAAACGGCAUACCUCACAGUCUGCGACCUCAAAUGUGGAUGCGUCUCUCUGGUGCACUGUCCAAAAAGCAAAAAAGCGAGACUAGCUAUCAGGAUAUAGUCAAAGCUUCCAGCAACGAUCAAUUAAUGACAUCGAAGCAAAUAGAAAAAGAUCUGUUGCGCAUAUUGCCGACGAAUGCGUGCUUUAGUCAUCCAAAUGGAACGGGCAUACCGAGACUGCGUCGCAUACUGCGCGGCAUUGCGUGGCUCUUUCCCGACAUUGGCUACUGUCAGGGAACCGGAGUGAUUGUUGCCUGCCUGCUGCUGUUCAUGGAGGAGGAGAAUGCAUUCUGGAUGAUGGUCACCAUUGUAGAGGAUCUUCUGCCGGCCUCAUACUAUAGCUCAACGUUGCUAGGCAUCCAGGCGGACCAGCGGGUGAUGCAGACCCUAAUUGCCAAUUAUUUGGCCAGCGUGGAUGAGUCGCUGAAGCGUCACGACAUCGAUCUGUCGCUGAUAACGUUGCACUGGUUUCUCACGCUCUUUGCAAAUGUGGUGCACAUGAAAAUACUGGUGCGCAUCUGGGACUGGUUCUUCUACGAGGGCUCCAUUGUGCUGUUCCAGCUAACGCUGGGCAUGCUCAAGGUCAAGGAAGCGGAUCUCAAACACUUGGAAAACUCUGCACAGAUAUUCAAUUCGCUAUCCAUGUGCUGCGAAGUAGACGACGUUGAGGUGCUUUUCCGUCAGGCGCUAGAGGUGGGCGGCUCGUUAAGUCAAACCGUUAUCGAUACGCAUCGACGGCGUCAUCUGGCCUAUUUGAUGGCCGAUCAGGGCCAUCAGAUUGGCAAUCCGGAGGCAGCAGCCAAUCUGCCCAAGCAGCAGCUGUCGCGACGGCAAGUGCGCAAAAGUAAAUCCAUACUGGAGGCGAUUCUGUUUCGCAGCGAUCCCGAAGCGGAGCAGCUAAAGAACAAGAAUAUACGGCAAACCGAAAUUCUGGUCGAUCUGCGCGAGGCCAUACUGAAGGUAGGCCGUCACUUCAUAACCAUCGAACCGAAACUGGCUGGCCACAUCCAGCUGACGGCCAACUACAGCACCGAAUCGCAUGCCAAGGAUCACGAGAACUUCAUCAAUGUGGCACGCACGCGGAAGCGGCGAGCCAAAGCUUUGCAUGACUUUGAGCGGCAUGAUGACGAUGAAUUGGGCUUCCGGCGCAACGAUAUCAUAACCAUAAUUAGCCAAAAGGAUGAGCAUUGCUGGGUGGGUGAGUUGAAUGGCUUGCGGGGCUGGUUUCCCGCAAAGUUUGUCCAACUGCUCGAUGAGCGCAGCAAAUUGUAUACCUCCGCUGGAGAUGAUGCCAUUUCGGAAACGGUCACGGAUCUCGUGCGCGGUACCUUGGCGCCGGCGAUUAAAGCAUUCCUUGAGCAUGGCAUGAAACGGCCCACAUUUCUGGGCGGGCCCAUACAUCCGUGGCUAUUCAUCGAGGAGGUCUCCUCGCUGGAGGUGGAAAAGGACUUUAAAUCGGUGUACAGCCGUCUGGUUCUGUGCAAAACCUAUCGUCUGGAUGAGGACGGCAAGGUAUUGACGCCCGAAGAGCUGCUCUAUCGCUGCGUCCAGGCAAUCAAUCAGACCCACGACAAUGCCCAUGCCCAAAUGGAUGUGAAGCUGCGCUCGCUCAUUUGCCUGGGCCUCAAUGAACAGGUGCUGCAUCUGUGGCUUGAGGUGCUCUGCGCAUGCCAGGAGGUAGUACAGAAAUGGUAUCACACCUGGAGCUUUAUUGAUUCACCCGGUUGGGUGCAAAUCAAAUGCGAAUUGCGUAUCCUCUCACAGUUUGCCUUUAACCUGAAUCCGGACUGGGAGUUGCCGCCCAAGCGUGGCAAGGAGUCGCAGCCACUGAAGGAUGGUGUGCGCGACAUGCUUGUCAAGCAUCAUUUGUUCUCCUGGGACCUGUGAGUCAGCUUAUUGUGGGAUGGCUUUUAAAACAUUAAUUUUUAUAGAUUCCUUUAUGUGUGUACAAUCAUGCUCGCUGCCUAAUCCGCCAUCUAAAUCCUAAGUAUUCAAUCUGAACAAAAGCUGCGCGUUAGUAUCUCAUGCUUUCAUUUCGUGUGCAAUCUUCUCUAAGAAUCGAACAGCUUCGGCGUGUCGAAGUUUAAAUAUUCUUGCAGACUUGUUUGUUUCUUAGCUUAUUGAGAAAACUAUCUAAUUCUCCUUCAUUCCUCAGUCGGCUUUUUGUUAAAUUAGGCUCUGCAAGAAUAUCAAUUUAGCUUGUAAAAUAUCUCUUUGUGUUGUUGUAAGCUUAACUUAAGUGCAGUCUACCUUAAGCCCCAUUCGCACAGAUAUACAUAUAUAUACAUAUACAUAUACAUUUAAAUGUAGACUUUGCUAUUGAAUUAAAAUAUAUCCAUCCAUAAUUGUAGCUCCCACACACAACAAGAACACACACAGAAUUGUACUUAAUUAUAAACGUAACGUACCUUUGAAUUUAAAUCAAAUCUUAUAAAGUAUUUAUAAUAUAUAUAUA